UGCUGGGAGUUGUACUGCUUGGAGCACGGUAUCCAGCCUGAUGGUCAGAUGCCAAGUGACAAGACCAUAGGAGGUGGCGACGAUUCUUUUAACACCUUCUUCAGUGAGACUGGUGGUGGCAAGCACGUUCCCCGUGCUGUGUUCGUUGAUCUCGAGCCAAGUGUAGUAGAUGAGGUUAGAACUGGCACAUACCGUCAACUCUUCCAUCCAGAACAGCUGGUGACUGGCAAAGAAGAUGCUGCCAACAACUAUGCCAGAGGUCAUUACACGGUUGGCAAGCAACAUAUCGACAUUGUUAUGGAUAGGAUUCGCAAAUUAGCAGAUCAGUGCUCCGGUCUUCAGGGAUUCUUGAUCUUCCACAGUUUUGGUGGAGGCACUGGAUCCGGUUUCUCCUCACUCCUCAUGGAACGACUAUCUGUCGAUUAUGGAAAGAAGUCAAAACUUGAGUUUGCCAUCUACCCAGCACCUCAGAUCUCAACAGCUGUUGUAGAGCCAUACAACUCCAUUUUGACUACUCACACAACCCUUGAGCACUCCGACUGCGCUUUCAUGGUUGACAACGAAGCCAUCUAUGACAUCUGUCAAAGGAACCUUGAUAUCGAAAGGCCGUCAUACACUAAUUUGAAUCGCUUGAUUGGUCAAAUCGUAUCUUCCAUUACUGCUUCCCUUCGAUUCGACGGUGCAUUAAAUGUUGACUUGACAGAGUUCCAGACCAACUUGGUACCCUACCCACGAAUCCACUUCCCUCUUGCUACUUAUGCCCCAGUCAUUUCAGCCGAAAAAGCUUACCACGAACAUUUGACUGUGGCUAAGAUAACUAACUCUUGCUUUGAACCGGCUAACCAGAUGGUAAAAUGCGAUCCUCGCCAUGGAAAAUACAUGGCCUGCUGUCUGUUGUACCGUGGCGACGUUGUGCCAAAAGAUGUCAACACUGCCAUCGCUACUAUCAAGACUAAGAGAACCAUCCAGUUUGUCGACUGGUGUCCAACUGGUUUCAAGGUCGGCAUCAACUACCAACCUCCAACCGUGGUACCAGGAGGUGAUCUAGCCAAGGUACAGCGUGCCGUUUGUAUGUUGAGCAACACUACAGCCAUCGCCGAGGCAUGGGCUCGUCUUGAUCACAAAUUCGAUCUGAUGUAUGCCAAGCGUGCUUUCGUGCAUUGGUACGUAGGUGAAGGUAUGGAAGAAGGAGAGUUCUCCGAGGCUCGUGAAGAUUUAGCAGCUCUGGAAAAGGACUAUGAAGAGGUCGGUGUAGAUUCUACUGAGGAGGGUGAAGAAGAGGAAGCUGAAGACUUCUGAGCCUAACAGACGAUGACCACAACAAAUGGUUGUAAUACAGAGGGUGUGAUUAUUUAUUCUUGUGCAGUGCAUGUCGAGCACGUGUCUUCAGUGUCUUUUCGGGAGAACGGGGUGAUUCUGGUAUUGUUAAAACUUUACUGAAUGACUUUUAUGUAUCGAUGCAAAUAUGUUUUGCAAUUCAAUAAUAUCAUUCCUGUGAAAAAUAAUGCAAUCUUUAAGCGUUAAUGACCACAUGUUUUCCAUUUCUGUGCAUUCAUCAACUUAAAACUUUAUAAUGUACUUAGGCCCUAUACGGUACUAGGUCUACUGAUAUCAAUAAGUUUGCUGCAAUGUUUAGUUUAUGUGGAUUUCUUAAAGAAUAAAUACAAUCAUCAAAUAAAAAAAA